AAUUCAUCACAACAGUUUUGCAGCAUAACAUUUUAGUCGUCGUCUAUGUAAACGGUAGCAUACGAAAAGUCUCAAUUCCCAGAGGAUCUGAUCUUACAGCCCCGCAAAUUUAGAACCCAAAAGCCAACCGAUCCUUCGAGUCGAAGCAAAAUGCACGGACAACCUCGGAAACCAGCGAAGCCGGAAGACGAAGCCGCUUCCGCCGCCAGAGCCGAAGCGCUCCGGGCUCUCCAGUCGCACUUCUUCUCCAAUCACCACAACAAGGUUUACACCGACGAAGCCUUACAGUUGAGCGGCAAACUCCUCGAGCAAAACCCCGAGUUCUACACCGCUUGGAACUACCGAAAACUCGUCGUCCAGCAAAACCUCGAUCGGUGCUCCGAGUCCGAUCCCGACUCGCUCAAGUCCAUCAUCGACCGAGAACUCAAACUCGUAGAAAGUGCUCUGAGACAAAAUUUUAAGUCCUACGGAGCUUGGCAUCAUCGAAAAUGGGUGCUAAGCAAGGGGCGUUCGGUUUUAGACCGCGAAAUGAAGCUUCUCAAGCAGUUUCAGCAGCUGGAUCCCCGGAAUUUUCAUGCUUGGAACUACCGGAGGUUUGUUGCUGCAUUGUUGAACCGAUCGGACGAGGAAGAGUUGGAGUAUACUAGGGAAAUGAUAGAAAACAAUUUCAGCAAUUACUCAGCCUGGCAUAAUCGUAGUGUGCUCCUGUCUAAUUUGAUGAAGAAAAAGGCUCAAGGGUUUUUCCCAAAAGAGAAGGUUCUGAACGAUGAGUAUGAGCAUGUACACGAUGCUAUUUUUACGGAUCCGGAUGAUCAAAGUGGUUGGUUUUAUUAUAUUUGGCUUCUUGAUCAAACGAUGAAAACAGAUGCUCCUCUUCUUGUUUCUUCCUGGCCGGCCCAUGGUUCUAAUGUAAUUUUGUCGAGAAAUAGGCACGCAAGUGACUAUUCUUCGUCUCCAUUUGGUAGUUUCCAUUCUGAUUCAGGAACAGUACCACUGAUUAUUUAUUUCAAUCAAGCUGUUGAAGGUGUAAACUCAUCCAGUAUAACCAUUGAAUCUUCAUUUUCCACAAAAGAUCUUGUUUGGAAACCAGUCUUACAAAAUAACUCCCAUCUCUCCCAAGUUUGGGUUACACAUAUUAAAUUUCCGGAUGCAAAGGCCCAGUCUUCAGAAGCUUAUCAGCUGAAAGUUAGUGUUGGGCAGACUCAGGGUCUCAUUUCUGCAAGUGGCUUUCAUUAUAGCCAUCCUACCCAGUUUGCAUUCAAAGUGUGUGUAUGCCCUAUUGAAACUGAACCAGCAGAAAAGCAGGGCGAGGACAUAGUUUUGUGGAAAGAUGAAAAUUUUCACGCGUACCAAACACAAUCUCAGGAGCUACAUGAGGUAGUUCCUAUUGGUCAACUAAGUAUUAAUGAUGUCCAUGAGCCUACGGCUUCAAAUUGGCGUGCAGAGAGUAUUGCUAAUGAAAUAGCACUCUUCCGAGAAUUGGUGUCAGAGAUAAAUUGUAAAAUUGGAAAGCUUACACUAGCAAGGCUAUUAACAGCUCAUGAUGUUAUCCUGUCUCCGUGUACAAACAAAAUGGUCCACUCUGAUGAAGUUCUUCAACUAUAUACUGACUUAAUAAAGUUGGACCCAUCACAUUCUCAGUAUUACAAAGACGAGCACAGCCUAGUUUUCCUGCGGAAGAUAACUUCCAAUAGGGAGUCUCUGCUGAGACAUUGCUUUAGCCAUAAAAACUUGGCUUCUUCGAGCAUUGGUAAUGAUGUAUGCCUACGACUAAGCAACUUAUCAUUAUCGCGGAUGGGGUCUGUUGAGAAAUUACUGUGGGUCCAAAUGCUGGACCUCAGCCAUAAUGAACUUCAUUCACUUGAAGGGUUGGAGGCCAUGCAGCUUCUAUCUUGCUUAAAUCUGAGUAACAACAAGCUCGGCAGUUUCACUGCUCUGGGGCCUUUGAAACUAUUGAAUUCACUGCAAGUUUUGGAUAUCUCGUACAAUGAGAUAGGUUCACACACUAUCGACACGACAAGGUAUCAAUGUUCUACUCCUCUUUCUCAUACAGAAGAAGCUAGUUGGAACAAUGAAGAAAUUGUAACUGGGGGAGCCGAUGUGAAAAGUUAUUGGGAAGCUUUUCUGAUACUUAAAAGCAUGAGCUUGAAGCAGUUAGUCACUGUGGGAAACGCAAUUUCUGUUGAAAACUUCAAGUCAUUUGUGGUCAAGUGUGUUCCUACACUCGAGUGGCUGGAUGGCGAUAAGUUGCAUUGACCUUUAAUUCCGGCUAUUUUUACAGUGAAGAGUACCAUGUACUGAUAGUUAACCAAAGAGAACACAUGAUACGUUGCUAGUUUUGACCCAGAUUAUUAACUCGUCGGUAGGAGCAUAGACUACAGGUUUUCAAUUGUCUUAUGUUCUGGUGAAAAUGUGUUUUUGUGUGUUUCACAAUAUGCGUCAUAUGGAAUGCGUUUAUUUUGCAGUCACGGUGCAUUGGUUUUGCCUAGUUUUGAUUGAAGUUGUUAGGUAAUUACAGGGUAGCGACCAAAUUUUCUGGAACUAUUAUAUUAUUACAAAGGGAGGUCGUCGGACAUGGAAGAAACCGAUCGAGUAAAUGCUACCCAGAAUAGCAUUGAAUUAGAAAAGUGCGGUGGCUGCAGCGCGGACAAAUGACGGAACUGUAGAGACCUUGAAAGGAAGAAUUGGAGGAAUUUAACUGGCAGGGUGAUCAAGCCAUCUUGCAUUCUUCUUGCUGCGGUGGCUUGUAUUUGAACUGCACAGCAGAUUGCAGAAAGAUAUCAGAAGGCUAAAUAGUGAAACCAACAAUAAAUGUUUUUGCUAAAGCGCAACGGGGGGAGGAUAUAGUAUUACUAUUUCGGAACUCUUUCAACAUUGAGAAGAGAUGUAUUACUAGACUAAGAAUUAGUUGGUAACUAACACGUGUUUCAGCUACAAAUCAAAUUGCGCAAUGUAUGAGAUAGACGACAAUUGAGAAGAUAUUUUGAACUCACCAAAA